AUGGAUUCUGCGCUUCUUGUGUCCUUUCCAAAUGCUUGUGUAGGUGGGAACGGUUGGAGAAGGGGCAAUCUCAACAAGAGCUUUUCAGGUUCAUAUGCAGCAGUCAGAGUUUCAAGAAGCAGAGCAUGGGACAUCUUGGAAAGAUAUGGUGGUGUUGGGUCUCAGCAACAUCUUUUGAAGCAUCACACCAGAAACACUAAGGAAAAAUCUGCAUUCUACAGGAGGCAUGGUAAAAGGUUGUUGGUGAAUGCUACUGCUGGUCACCCUCUUGAAUCCGAACCUGGAGCUUAUAAUUCGAAAAGCAUUUGGAACUCUAUCAAAAAUGCCAUAGAUGCUUUUUACAGGUUUUCAAGGCCGCACACAGUUAUAGGCACAGCAUUGAGCAUAAUUUCAGUUUCUCUCCUUGCAGUCGAGAAUCUGUCAGAUUUUUCACCCUUAUUUUUCAAAGGGGUGCUGGAGGCCGUAGUUGCUGCUCUCUUUAUGAAUAUUUACAUUGUUGGUUUGAAUCAGUUGUCUGACAUUGAUAUAGACAAGGUAGGUGUUCCUUAUCUUCCAUUGGCAUCAGGGGAAUAUUCAGUUGGGACUGGCAUCAUGAUUGUGACAUCUUUUUUAAUUCUGAGCUUUUGGCUUGGAUGGGUUGUUGGUUCAUGGCCAUUGUUUUGGGCCCUUUUCAUCAGUUUUGUCCUUGGCACUGCUUAUUCAAUCAACUUGCCACUACUGAGAUGGAAGAGAUCUGCUGUGGUUGCGGCAAUGUGCAUCCUAGCUGUUCGGGCAGUGAUAGUUCAACUUGCUUUUUUCCUGCACAUGCAGAUCCAUGUGUACAAAAGACCAGCUGCCUUCUCUAGGCCACUAAUUUUUGCAACUGCAUUUAUGAGCUUCUUCUCAGUUGUUAUAGCAUUAUUUAAGGACAUACCUGAUAUUGAUGGAGAUAAAAUAUUCGGCAUUCGGUCCUUUACAGUACGUCUGGGACAAAAGCGGGUCUUUUGGAUUUGUAUUUCACUACUUGAAAUGGCUUACGGUGUUGCCGUUUUAGUGGGAGCAUCAUCCGGCUUCCUGAUGAGCAAAUGCAUCACGGUUUUGGGACAUGUAAUUUUGGCUUUGAUACUCUGGAACCGAGCCAAAUCUGUUGAUCUCAACAGCAAAGCUGCAAUAACAACCUUUUACAUGUUUAUAUGGAAGAUUUGA